AUGGAUAUCGUGAAUGAAAUCUUCGAUACCUUUAUGGGCGAUUAUGCCUAUGCUAAACUCAUGCCAUUGAAGCCGGCUCUUUAUGACUUCCCUAAUCCAACCAAUGCGACGGGCGAGGCUCGGGCCUUUUCGUCAUGGCAGUAUGAGCCUGCCACCAAGUACUUCUCACUCGAGCCGAGCCAGUAUGCCUACAUGAGCUCGUGGGCCAGAGACAAUAUUUACAGGCAGUCGCUCAACCUUUUUCUAAUCACUUGGAUUUUUGGACUGCUCGUUUACUUCUUGUUCGCAAGUCUGUCGUACAUUUUCGUCUUUGACAAGGGCACUUUCCAGCACCCAAAGUAUCUCAAGAACCAAAUCCGCCUAGAAAUUCGUCAGACCAUGAUCUCCAUGCCCAUCAUGUCGGUUCUGACGCUGCCCUUUUUCCUCGCCGAGGUGCGCGGCCACACCAAAUGCUACGACGGCCUCGACGCGGCGCCGUUUGCGGGUUACAACUGGCUGCAGUUUCCGCUCUUUCUCGUCUUUACCGAUUUUUGCAUCUACUGGAUUCAUCGCGGCCUGCAUCAUCCAGCCGUAUACAAGACAUUGCACAAGCCUCACCACAAGUGGAUCAUGCCCACACCGUAUGCCUCGCACGCCUUUCACCCCGUCGACGGCUGGGCGCAGGCGCUGCCGUACCAUAUCUUCCCUCUGCUGUUCCCUCUGCAAAAGCUGGCGUAUGUCGGAUUAUUCGUCUUUGUCAACUUCUGGACCAUUCUCAUCCACGACGGCGAGUACGUGGCCAACAGCCCCGUCAUCAACGGCGCGGCUUGUCACACCAUGCACCAUCUCUAUUUCAACUACAACUAUGGCCAGUACACGACGGUUUGGGAUCGCCUCGGCGGUAGCUACCGCAAGCCCAAUGACGAGUUGUUUGCCCGCGAGACCAAGUUUAGCCAAAAGGAGUGGAGUCGACAGACCAAGGAGAUGGAGAAGAUGGUCCGCGAGGUUGAGGGCGAGGAUGACAGGCAAUACGAUCCCGUUGAGAGCAAGAAGAGCCAGUGA